CCGAGUCCUCCCUCGACUCCCGACGCGGCCGGAAAUGCAACGCUAUCGGCCCUCAUCAACACCGCGACCCGGAAACACCACACCGACCUCAACCGCCUGAUCACCACCCGCCUCCCGCUCUCCCUGCCACCUCACCAAACGACCCCUCUGGUCCUCUCCCGCGGCCUGGUCCCCUUCCUGCGAAUCAUCCUGCUCUUCGAACAAGAAUGGGAGCUCCUGGCCCGGCACGUCGAGCACAACCUCAGCCACCCGUCCAGCUCCCCGCGGUACAAGGACCUCCCGCCGCAGGCCGCCCUCCACGCCCAGGAGCUCCGCACGUGGAUCACCGCCCUCCGGCCCGAGGGGCUCGUCCGCACCCCGCGCAUCAAGUCCGACCUCCACCACCUCCACCGCGUCGCGGGCAAACACGCCUACGCCACGGUCCCGCUGGGGGACCCCUGGGCCGACCGCAUGCGCGCCCAGGUCCGCCGGAAGCCCCACCUCUUCAUCGCCUUCGCCUGGGUCUUCUACAUGGCCAUCUUCUCCGGCGGGCGCUGGAUCCGGGCGCGAUUCGCUUCCGUCGGGCCGGAGUUCUGGCUGGAGGGACGCGCUUCCCCCUCUCCCUCCCCUUCUUCCUCCAGCAUUGCGAGGGACGACGGGGGAUCGACGAAAACGACGACGACGACAGAGUCCCUGCCCGGGUUCACCUUCUUCUCCUUCGACGGGGAGCAGGACGGGGAGGAUGUCAAGGCCGAGUUCAAGGCGAGGUUGCUCGAGGCGGAGACUCUGCUCUCGGAGGAGGAGAGGAGGGAGGUGGUCGAGAUGGCGCGGGAGUUGUUUCAGCGGAACAUCCUGCUGGUCGGGGAAUUGGAUCGGAUGUUUCUGCGGGAGAAG